CCGCCCCGUCGAUGUCGUCUCUCGCCGCCGCCACCGCCCCUUCCGGUAGCGCCACCUGCUCCGGGCCUGGCCUGUGGCCUGGCUCCGCCCCUCCUGGGACUCGGCGGUAGUUGACGGCGGAUGUGGAACGGAGCAUCGCGGCCUGGGGCUGGACUGGUUAAAAUGGAUCAACAUCUGCACUGCAUAAACUGUGUGAGUCGCCGCUGCAUGGUCCGACCGGAGGAAAACGUGUCCUGCAAACUGAUCGGCUGCCACUUGGUGUGCGGAGCUGUCUUCCACUCUUGCAAAGCGAGCGAGCAUCGCCUGCUGUGCCCCCUCGAGAGGGUGCCCUGCCUCAACAGCGGGUUUGGCUGCCCCUACGUCAUUGCGCGGAACAAGAUCGGCGAGCACCUGGAGCUGUGCCCUGCCAGCGUGGUCUGCUGCACGAUGGAGUGGAAUCGCUGGCCCGUCAGCUACGCAGACCGCAAGUCCUACGAGAGCUUGAGCAAAGACUGCGACGGGGUGGAGCAGCUGGACAUGGCUCUGGCCCUCCAGGACCAGCGGAUGCUGCUGGAAUCGCUCAAAGUCGUGACCACUGCUUCAAAUUCGGCUGCUAAACCCUUCCGAAACACGGAGCAGAUGCCUGCUGCUUCGGUGGUGUCGGACGAAGCCCCUUCCAGCGGCUUGCUGUCCGCCGAUGCAGAGGCUUACAGUGAACUGUACCAGGCAACGGUUGAGACGACAAGGACUUUGGCGGUGGCGCUUGACCUGUUGAACAGUGCCUCAAAAGAGCCAGAGCUGGCAAAUGGACAGCUGCCGGAGGAACGAACCGAAUGGAAUGGAGGUGUUCAGGUCGCUGCGGAGGAACCAGCUGAAGAACGGCACUGCUCAGAGAACAAUAGUGAUCUUUGCAACAGUGGGACAAGAGGAGGAGGAGGAGGAGGAGUGGAGGGUAGUGCAGAGCACGUCCCUGUGUUGGAGGGGGUGCCGUGGAGGGACUGGAACUUGUGCAUGGAGGAAAAUGGGUUUCGUGCAUUGUCAGGAAUGGUAACUGGGGCAGAUGUGGAAGCAAAUGGAUGCCUUCAGGUAAAGACCAGUACUUUGUGUAACGGUUUCCACGAAGCAGAGGUGGAAGCUUCCGCACUGGAUCAGGAGGAAAUGGACUCGUAUGGCUGCGACCAGCAAGUAGAAGAGGUGGUGAACGGCUCGUGCCAUGUCAACGACAUCGAUGACGACGGCAGUUCAUCAGAGCCCGGCCACUUCUUGCCUGUGUUUGCACAGCUGCUCACCGUGGAAAGCCUUUUAAACACGGAACAUUUUCAAGACGGAUCACUGCUUGAUGCGUGUGGAGUGGGGAGAGUGUCCGCCAGGCAUGGGGAGCGGCAGGCGCUGAAGAAUGCCACCACCUUCAAAUUGCUGGAAGGGCACAGCAGCCGCAGGGCGUACCUGGGCGACCUGAGUUGGUACAGAAGGAAAAUGGAAAGCAAAGCGGUGGAUACGUCGGAUCUGGUGGUGGACGACGAUCCUCUGGAACUGCAGGGCAUCGAUCUGAUCACAGCAGCUUUAUUGUUCUGCUUGGGAGACUCCCCCAGUGGCAGAGGGAUCUCGGACAGUCGCAGUGUGGACGGCAGCCGCGUCGAUUUGGGCACACAGACCUUCUCGUUCCCGGCAGCCAUAUUGGCCACCAACACCAUGGUGGGGGAGAUUGCCUCGGCUUCAGCUUGCGACCACGCAAACCCCCAGCUGUCCAACCCGAGCCCCUUCCAGACGCUGGGGCUGGAUCUUGUCCUGGAGUGUGUGACCAGGCACCAAACCAAGCAACGUUCGAUGUUCACGUUCGUGUGCGGACAGUUCUUCCGCAGGGACGAGUUCCCCUCGCACUUCAAGAAUGUGCACGGAGACAUUCAUGCCGGCCUCAAUGGCUGGUUGGAACACAGGUGCCCCUUGGCCUAUUAUGGCUGCACCUACUCGCAGAGGAGAUUCUGUCCUUCCACGCAGGGUUCCCGGGUCAUUCACGACCGACAUCUGAAAUCCUUUGGCAUCCAGCCGUGUGUGCCAUCUGUGUUGUUGGACAUGCAGGAGGCUCGGACCCCCAGCGUGGGAGCAGUUGAUCAGUUGAGCAGGCUGCCCUUUGAGAUUUUGCAGCAUAUUGCUGGAUUUCUAGAUGGGUUCAGUUUGUCUCAGCUGUCAGAAGUUUCCCAUUUAAUGAGGGACGUGUGUGGGAGUCUGCUACAGGUUCGGGGAAUGGUUCUCCUACUUUGGGAAAAGAGGCAGAACCUUCACGGACAGCCCUCUUGGAAAACAAAAGGCAAGGCCUGGCGAUUCAGCACUGCCUUCAGCACGGUUAGUGAGUGGAAAUUUGCAGAGAUUGCCAGCAUGGCCGACCACUUGAAAGACUGUCGCUACAACACGGUGGAGAGGACUAGAGAGGCCGUGCCAUUGCCCUGCAUGUGUGUGACACGGGAGCUCACUAAAGGAGGACGGCCUCUGCGAUCAGUCCUAAAAGCAGUUCUCUAAUCUCUUUACUCACUGGCAACGUACUGCAAACAAUUCUAAUCUUAACUGUGAUCUGUCAACUUUGUAUACAAUAUAUUUUGCUUUGAUGUGAAAUUUAUUUUUGUAGUACAGUACCUGUUAUAAUCAAGGCAAUGAAAAAGUUUUGAUGAAAGAAACAUCGAACUGAUGGACAUUUUGUGAGUGAAACUUCUCCUUACUGGAGUCUUCCAUUUGUACAUAUGGUUCCCUGCAUGGAUCUUGCCUUUAAAACCCCUUACUAUUUUACCCCUCCCCUCAGCAAUUGUAUAUCUUAGUGAAUGUCGGACGUAUGAACUUCAUACUAUGAAGGAGGUAUUUAUCAUCGUUAUUAAACCCUGACCAAAAUAUGGCAACGUCAUGUAGUCAUUUGGCAAGUCAGAUAUACACUUGGCCCAUGUGGGAAUAACAUGUUGUUGUGAGUCACAACUUGAGCACAUUCUGUUUAGAAAGAUUGUCCUAUAAAUACAGUGAGCUAGCUGUUGCAAAGCAAUAUUAUACCUCACAUUGUUCAAAAGCUAAGGCAAAGUGCAGUGGAUUCAUAUUAUGUAUUUACAGAUUUGCCUCUUUUUGCACUUUAGUUUUAGUCUCAUUUUAACUAGCUCACCAAAUGGUUAAUGCAUUGCGAUCUGUAUUUUCUCACUCGUUUUUAUUGCUCUUAUUGUUAACUUUCUGCCUUUGCAAGUGUUACCUGUGAUGUUUGAUGGUUAGAGGGGAAGGUGGCAGAUUUCUUCAAAUCUAGACCCCAGGGCUAUUUCCAGUCUUCCAACUUGAAAGGGCUGUGCUUUGUGAAUUUACCGAAAUAACUAACGACAGCAUCAUCAAAGAAGCAAAAAGCACAUGUCAAUUUGAAGGCUUCAGCACUCACUUGUGAAUGCAUUUCCCUUAGAAUUUUUUUUGAUAAUAUAUGGUGCCCAAAUUUGUUUGCAGAUAUCACAAAAAAUAAAUCUGAAUAUCCUCCCUCAUCCUUGGCAUGUGAAACCGAUUGUGUGUUGUGUUGAAGUGGUCUCACGGUUAAUCUAAUGCCUUUUCGCCACAGCUGGUGCUUUAAGUGGGUCUGAAUACUAUAAGGACUGCAGUGGGUUGUGGAAAGUCUAAAUCUAAUUUAAUGGCCUUUGCACACGAGUAUUCAUGGGUCCCAUUUGUGAAAUACAUUGGGCACUUCUGCUGUAAAGCUGUUCCCUUAAAUAUUGCUGCCUUAAACUCUAAACACUUUGAGGGAAGUACUGUACCUAGCUUGGUGCUAACAUUUAUUUACACAUCUAUUUAUGUUCCAAAAUGCAAGUUCGCACAUUUUAGUGCAACAUUUAAGAAGGAGUUGUGCUACUUUAUGAACCUCAUUUAAUUUUCAUCUUCAGUUUGCAGGGCGAGGGGUUACCAUUAAUAUCAGCCUCUGUUGCCUGAGCACCUUCAUUGUUUUAUUUUGAGAAUUUAUUGAAGCGUUCAUUGAAAACUUCCGUUGAUUGUGAAAGAACAAUAAGUAAAAUUAGCAGGUCAGACAGUAUCCCUGGAGAAAAGGAAUAGGCAACGUUUCAUGUCGAGGCUCUUCUUCAGACUGAGUCAGUGGGAAAGGGAAACGAAAGAUAUAGACAGUGAUAUAGAGAGACAUAGGCCAAUUGAAUGAAAGAUGUGCAAAUAAAUAAUUGUGGUAAUGGAAACAGACCAUUGAAAACUAGUUACAGACAAUGAAACUCACCUGGAUGACUGAAACCAGUACAACAGCUAGCGCGGGGGAGGGACUGAGAGGGAGGUGAAGUUAGAGAUAACAAUAUUCAUACCUCUAUCAGCGUUUAUCAUCGUUACCUUUUUUGCAUAUCUUUCAUUCAUUAGUUCUAUAUCUCUCAUUUCCCUUUCCCACCUGAAGAAGAGUCUUGACCUGAAACGUCACCUGUUUCAGAGAUGCUGUCUGACGUGCUGAGUUACUCCAGCUUUUUGUGUCCAUCUUCGGUUGAAACCAGCUUCUGCAAUUCCUUCCUACACAAUAAAUAAUUGCAAGUUGGUAUUGUUGCAAGUAUAAGGUGUUUAACAGCUAAGUCAUCCCAAUGAACAUUAAUGUUCAAAAUGGUGGAGCACUGGUUUGAGGCUGGUCAUCUCUCACUGUCAGGUAGGGAGUUGGGUGGGUCAAGGCAGAGAAGUCUUUAGGAAAUGUGGAGCCUAGCGUAAUGAUCCCUCUGGUUAGUGUGGCGCUUGCCCUGUGGGUGCCCUUGGUUAUGGGUGUCGCCUGAGUCUGAUCUUCUGGAUGAAGAAUACAAAGAAUUUCCUGAACUCGAAGAAUAAGAUAAAAGGAAUGCAGAAUUUGAAAUUCUUGUGCAUGAGCAUGUUUCAUUUGUGUAAUGAUAUCUGCAAAUUAAUGAUUUUUUUCCAUUCAUACCUCAGUUUCUCCAUUGAGUGUGUGUAUAUAUUUUGUUGCUACAAUUUAAGAAAUGCACUACACAUUUUGAUUGAUGCUGUUCUGAUCUCCGAUAACCGAUGCUUGCAAUUGCGUAUACAACCAAUUGCAGCCAUCAUUUUAGCUCCGUUGCUUUUUAUUCAUCCCCCAGGCUGAAACAUUUGGUUCAAUAACACUGUAAUCAAACCCAUCACCAUUUAGUUAAAUAUUACACCGGUCGGUCGACCCACAUUUACAACAUUAUUAGUUUGCUUUUAAUCCCGUGGUUCUAAAACAUCACUGAAGCCAUGUGUACUGUACUGCGUUGAGAAUAAAUUGUAUUGAAGGGUCACACUAGAUUCUCUGAUCCAAUUAUGAAAGAAGUUUUUUAAUUAAACUUCACUUUACUACAUUCUGAGGUUUGAAAUGGCAGGAGUUUUGUUGAAAAGGUUCUCCAAUCUUCUGCUAUUUUCAAUGCUACUCAAUGUUGAGCUUUUGUACUAAAUGUUUGAUUUCAUUUUAAACUUCAAGAAUUCUAAUAAAAGUGUCAUUUUAUUAACUACU